AUGAAACUGACUAUGAUAAUAAAUUUAUUUGAAAUAUUUGAUCCUUCAUUUAACAAUUAUUUAUCAUUAAAUUGAUUAUUUAUAUUUCUUCCUAUUAUUGUUAUACCAAGAACUUUCUGAUUAAUUCAAUCACGUAUUUUAUUUACAUUUAAAACUUUAUUAAAUUAUAUAUAUAAUGAAUUUAAAGUAAUUUCUAAAUCAAAUUAUCAAUCUAAUAUUAUUAUUUUUAUUAGAUUAAUAAUUUAUAUUAUAAUUACAAAUUUAUUUAGAUUAAUUCCUUAUAUUUUUACUUUAACAAGACAUUUAUUAUUAAAUAUAAUUUUAUCAUUAACAUUAUGAUUUAGAUUCUUAAUUUAUUUAAUUUAUAAAAAUACAAUACAAUUUUUAAGACAUCUUGUUCCAUUAAAUUCACCAGUAUUUUUAAUAAAUUUCAUAGUAAUUAUUGAAUUAAUUAGAUUAAUUAUUCGACCAUGAACUUUAUCAAUUCGAUUAUCAGCAAAUUUAAUUUCUGGACAUUUAAUUUUAACUCUUCUAGGUAUUUUUAUUAGAAAUUUUAUUACAUUAUUACCAAUUAAUAUUUUAAUUCAAAAUAUAUUAUUAACACUAGAAAUUUUUAUAUCUAUUAUUCAAAGAUAUGUAUUUUCUAUUCUUUUAAUUCUUUAUUUUUCUGAAUCAAAUUAA